ACGCCAAAAUCACCUCACUCGCUGCUUGGGGAAGUUGUUAUACGUAAGAGUCCUUGGUAUAUUGUGGACUACAGCGCUUGAAGCAGGUUCGUUUGUUGGACAUUGUUCAGGUGCCGGUUUCCUCAUCCAUCACGCUCCUUACCAGUGACUUUUGUUUUCUUCGCUGGAAAAGAACGCUUCAAAAUGAGGACGUGGUUACUAGCUGUAUUACUUCUCAGCGUGAUAGCUGUUACAUACGGGCAAGGUGAAUGUGACAGCGAUCCCUGUGAAAAUGGAUCAACCUGUCAGGAGGGUGAAGGGUCGUAUAUCUGCCAGUGUCCCAUGGGAUACGAUGGACAAAACUGCGACCGUUUCACAGGUUCAAACUGCGGAUACAAUGUCUUCGAUGCCAACGGUAUGAUCGAUUCACCUAACUACCCGGCCAUGUACAACAACCGUGCCGAUUGUCUUUAUCUUGUUCGUAUCACCAAGGCUCGCAGCAUCACUUUCACAAUCGAAGACUUCAUGACUGAGGUCUUCAAAGACGUUGUCGAGUAUGGUAUUGGGCCAGAGGCAGACUUCAACCAGGCCCUCGGUUCGUUCGAAGGUAACCUGACACAAGACGACAUCAUCCCAGCUCCUUUCACUGUCCAGGGCGAUCAGGCUUGGUUCAUCUUCAGUACUGAUCGUAAUAUCGUCAACAGGGGAUUCAGAAUUACAUUCUCAUCAGAUGGAGACGAUUGUGAUCCCAACCUUUGUCAGAAUGGCGCUGCCUGUACUGACCUCGUGAAUGAUUAUGCUUGUACCUGCCCUCCAGGAUUCACGGGUAGAAACUGCGAAAUCGAUAUUGACGAAUGUGCCAGUGAUCCCUGUCAGAAUGGUGGCGCCUGUGUCGAUGGAGUCAACGGCUAUGUCUGUAACUGCGUCCCAGGAUUCGACGGAGAUGAAUGUGAAAACAAUAUCAAUGAGUGUGCAAGCAGCCCUUGUCUUAACGGAGGCAUCUGUGUUGAUGGCGUUAACAUGUUUGAGUGUACCUGUUUAGCCGGCUUCACUGGCGUACGAUGUGAAGUCAACAUUGAUGAAUGUGCAAGUGCCCCUUGUCAGAAUGGUGGUAUCUGUAUUGAUGGCAUCAAUGGAUACACCUGCUCAUGUCCUCUCGGCUUCUCCGGAGAUAACUGUGAAAACAAUGAUGAUGAAUGCUCUAGCAUCCCUUGUUUAAAUGGUGGAACCUGUGUGGAUCUUGUCAACGCCUACAUGUGUGUCUGUGCCCCCGGCUGGACCGGCCCUACCUGCGCUGACAACAUUGACGAGUGUGCUAGCGCUCCUUGCCAGAACGGAGGUGUGUGCAUUGACGGUGUGAACGGAUACAUGUGUGACUGUCAACCUGGAUACACCGGAACCCAUUGCGAAACUGACAUCGACGAGUGCGCAAGCGCCCCCUGCCAAAAUGGAGGUGACUGUGUGGAUGGAGUCAACGGAUACGUCUGCAUCUGCGCUCCUGGAUUUGACGGACUCAACUGCGAGAACAAUAUUGACGAAUGCGCCAGCCGUCCCUGCCAGAACGGAGCUGUCUGCGUUGAUGGUGUAAACGGGUUCGUCUGCACCUGCUCUGCUGGCUACACAGGAGUCCUUUGUGAAACCGUGACCGAUGAAUGCCUUUCCAAUCCUUGUCUUAAUGGUGCGACUUGCAUUGAUCUUCAAGCUGGAUAUGAAUGUAUCUGUCCACCUGGAUUCGAGGGGACACGUUGUGAAAUCGACACGGACGAAUGUGCAUCGAAUCCGUGUUUAAAUGGCGGAGCGUGUGUGGAAGGAAUCGCUUCGUACACCUGUGUAUGCGUGCAAGGGUUCACAGGAGUGCGCUGUGAAACAGAUAUCAACGAGUGUGCUAGCAUGCCUUGUCUGAAUGGUGGUGUUUGCACGGACCUAGUGAACGGGUACAUCUGCACAUGCGCAGCAGGCUUCGAGGGAACUAAUUGCGAGACAGACACCGACGAAUGUGCUUCAUUCCCAUGUCAAAACGGAGCCACGUGUACAGACCAGGUUAAUGGAUACGUGUGCACCUGUGUUCCAGGAUACACGGGAGUCCUCUGCGAAACAGAUAUUAACGAAUGUGCCUCAUUUCCUUGUCUGAAUGGAGGUACUUGUAACGAUCAAGUCAAUGGAUACGUGUGCGUGUGCGCACCAGGAUACUUCGGUGUCAACUGUGAAACAGAUCGUGAUGAGUGUGCAUCUGCCCCAUGUUUGAAUGGUGGAGCUUGUAUGGAUGUAGUGAAUGGAUUUGUAUGUACUUGCUUACCCGGAUGGGAGGGAACCAAUUGUGAAAUCAACACGGACGAGUGUGCAAGCUCUCCAUGCAUGAAUGGUGGUCUCUGUGUUGACCAGGUCAAUAGCUACGUCUGCUUCUGUCUGCCUGGUUUCACUGGUAUUCAUUGCGACACCGAAAUUGACGAGUGUGCAAGCAGCCCAUGUCUAAACGGAGGACAGUGUAUCGACCGAGUUGACUCGUACGAGUGCGUUUGCGCUGCUGGCUACACUGGUGUCAGAUGCCAAAUCAAUAUCGACGAAUGUGCUUCUGCCCCUUGUCAAAAUGGCGGAGUGUGUGUUGAUGGAGUUAAUGGUUACGUGUGUAAUUGUGCACCAGGCUACACUGGCGAUAACUGUGAAACUGAAAUCGACGAAUGUGCUUCCAUGCCUUGUUUGAACGGAGGAGAGUGCAUUGAAAUGGUUAACGGAUACACCUGUCAGUGUGUAGCUGGCUACACUGGGGUUAUUUGCGAGACUGAUAUUGACGAGUGUGCCAGUGCCCCUUGCCAGAAUGGUGGUGUGUGUACUGAUACCAUUAACGGAUAUAUCUGUGCCUGUGUGCCAGGAUUCACCGGAAGCAACUGCGAGACUAACAUCGACGAGUGUGCUAGCGACCCCUGUCUAAAUGGAGGUAUCUGUGUGGAUGGAGUCAAUGGUUUCGUCUGCCAGUGCCCUCCCAACUACUCUGGAACUUAUUGUGAAAUCUCACUUGAUGCAUGCAGGAGUAUGCCAUGCCAGAAUGGCGCCACGUGCGUAAACGUUGGAGCCGACUACGUCUGCGAAUGCGUACCAGGAUAUGCUGGACAAAACUGUGAAAUUGACAUCAACGAGUGUGCUAGUCUUCCAUGCCAAAACGGCGGUCUAUGUAUUGAUGGUAUUGCUGGAUACACCUGUCAGUGCCGUCUAGGAUACAUCGGUGUCAACUGCGAGGAAGUUGGUUUCUGCGACUUGGAGGGUAUGUGGUACAACGAGUGCAAUGAUCAGGUCACCAUCACCAAGACCUCUACAGGAAUGAUGCUUGGAGAUUACAUGACUUACAAUGAACGUGCCCUCGGAUACGCAGCCCCAACCGUCGUGGUCGGUUACGCCAGCAACAACUAUGACUUCCCAUCUUUCGGUUUCACGGUGGUCCGUGACAAUGGUCAGUCUACUACCAGUUGGACCGGUCAGUGCCAUCUAUGUGACGGUGAAGAGGUUCUCUACACCACCUGGAUCAACACCAACAUGGUCAGCACCUGCCAGGACAUCAAGAAAUCAAACAUGGUUGGCCAGGACAAAUGGACGCGUUAUGAACAGAGCAUCGCACCUCAGCCUGAUGCAUAGGCAAUUUAACUACAUUAAUAUUGUAACAUGAAUAACAUCUAGUACUCGUCUUGUAAAUUUGUUUGAAAAAAGUACUAGUACUAACUUUUAUCGAAUCUUUGCACUUUUUAAAGUAUUUUAAACAAAUGUCAAUGAGUCACAUGAGAUACUCGGUUUUGCAGUUAUCAUAGAUUGAAAAACUAUUUUUAUCCUGAGAUUAUAGCUGUACAAAAGUUUUACAAAUGUAUGUUAUGAAGUAUUGAAUAAGUAACAAGCAUAUUCAUGGCGGUUAAACAUUUCACCAAAUCAGUAUUUCUUCAAAUUUUAGUCUCCUAGUUAUUCGCAUUAUUCGUAUAGCUUGUUCUGAUUCCAACCUGGUUUUAUCAUACAAUAUAUUAAUACCUUUUUGUUUUUUCAUAUUAUAUCACUUUUUAUAGUAUUAAUGCGUCAUGUUUUUAAUAGGAUCAUUGAUCAAAUAAAUUUUGUAUUAAAUAAUUAACGGUCUUGGAAACAAAAUGUGAAUAUGUCUGACUGUAAGCACUGCCUUGUUUUUAAACAUUUUUUAUCAUUCGUUUUUUAAAAUAAAAUGCUGCGAAGACCAAAUAU